AUGGAUCUCCGUCCUUCUAUUCUCUCUCUCUCUCUCUCUCACACACACACACAACUCUUUUUAACAGAGCCUUCUCUCUCGUAUGAUGUCCUGAAGGUUUAUCUUCCUUCACUUGCCUCUGACAAGCAAACUGGAAUGUACACCAAUCACAUGAAGGACACAAACAACAACUGCAACAAGUCUCUUCUCAAUGACCAGAAGGAGAAGCUUAUUCAGGCGAUUAAGAAGAUUAAGCAUGAAGUUGAUGAAUGCCAUGAAGCAGAGAAGGACACUUUUGCAGAUGCAGUCGAUGUGGAGAGUCAGUUUGAGGACAUGGAGCGGGAAAUCCGAGCAGAGUUCCAGAACCUUCACAACUUCCUGGAUGAGGAGGAGGAGAGAGACCUGGAACGGCUGAGGAAGGAGAGGGACAGACGAGUGAAAAUGCUGAAGGACAGAGAGAGGAAGAUUGCCAUGCAGGGCCGAGACCUGGAGAGGGCCAUUGAGACCCUGAACAGCAAGCUGGCAGAAGACGACAGUCCCAAACUUCUAAAGGAAAUCAAAGAUCUCCUAAAGAGGUGUGAGGUGAAUUUUGUCCGCCCAGCUCCGGUGGACAGCGAGUUUUGUUCAGGACAGUUUGUGGGUCCUGUUCAGUACAGAAUCUGGAAACACAUGAAGGCUUCUCUCUAUCCAAGUAUCUCAUUGUUGACCUUCGACCCUGAGACUGCUCACCCGCUGCUGACCCUGUCUGCUAACAACACAGUGGUGCAUUUUGAGGAGGAGAAGGAACCAGUUGCAGAUGAGAACAAGAAACGUUUCCACUAUUACUACUGCCUGAUGGGCCGAGAGGGCUUCAUGCAUGGUCGCCAUUACUGGGAGGUGGAGGUGCGAGGCAAGACAGCGUGGCGCCUGGGCGUGGCUAGGGAGGAUGUGUGCCGUGGCGAGAUGGACUCAUCCACUACAGCAAAUGGGCUGUGGACACUGGCGCUGAAGAACAGCUCAAUCGUGGCCUGCACCGACCCCAAGCCCACGGUCAUACGUACUGCCACUCUGCCCACCCGCAUUGGCGUCUUCCUGGACUGUGACAAGGAAGAGGUGUCUUUCUACGAUGCCCUCACCAUGAUGGUGCUCUUCUCGUUCUCCAUGGAUUCCAUUCUCAUGCCCAUUUACCCGUUCUACAACCCUUGCGAUACAGAUGACGGGAGGAACAUUGCCCCUCUCUCCAUCUUCUAUCCCUCACUCUGACAGAAGGCUUGAACAGAUGGACUUGCAGCUCUUUCUAAGUUUAACUUAGAAUUGGAUUUCUCAAAAAGAAUGUAUGACAAAAAAAAAACCAAACUCAAAAAUAGCUGUUUCUAUGUUGGAUCUUUUUUUUUCAUUUGUUUAAUAAGGUGUGUAUGAAAUGUUUGAUGUCUUUCAAGCAUUUGCAUGUGGAAUAAAAA